ACCCCAAGAAUAAAAUUCACUGCAGAGGUAAAAAAACUGCCUUUUCUCUUCAGUCUCCCUCUUUGAUAAACCUCUGUCCAAAACCCUAACGAUCUAUCAACAUUCCAAUUCAUACAGGACAGUUGAGAUUGAACUAGGCUAAAAGAUUGUUACUUUGGUAGUUAAUUCAACUGGGUUUGAUGGGUUUUGAUGUAAAGUAAGUACCUUUACUAGGAUCAUGAAUCCUACUUUGUUACCUAAACAUGUAGCUGCUGUACUGAAGUACCAAAAGGACCCACUAAAAGCACUUUCAGUUUUCAAUUCUGUGAAAAAAGAAGAUUCUUUCAAGCAUACAUUUUUAACUUAUAAAUGUAUGAUCGAAAAACUCGCAUUCCAUGGCGAAUUUGAUGCGAUGGAGCGUGUGAUCACGGAAAUGAGAAUGAAUGUGGAUAAUAGUUUGUUGGAGGGAGUUUACAUUGUAGCUAUGAGAAAUUAUGGGAGAAAAAAGAAAGUUCAAGAAGCUGUUGAUGUGUUUGAAAGGAUGGAUUUUUAUGAUUGUGAGAGGUCGGUUUUGUCUUAUAAUGCGAUUAUGAAUAUACUCGUUGAGUAUGAAUAUUUUGAUCAAGCGCAUAAGGUGUAUUUGAGAAUGAAAGAUCAAGGUAUUGUUCCUGAUGUUUAUACAUUUACGAUUAGGAUCAAGUCGUUUUGUAGGACCAAAAGGCCUAUUGCAGCUUUAAGGCUACUUAACAAUAUGCCAUCUCAGGGAUGUGAACUUAAUGCGGUUGCUUAUUGUACAGUAAUUGGUGGAUUUUAUGAAGAGAAUUAUCAAGUUGAGGGUUAUGAAUUAUUUAAAAAGAUGCUUAGUUUGGGUAUUGUUCCUGAUAUUGCUACAUUUAAUAAGCUUAUACAUAUUCCUUGCAAGAAGGGGCAUGUCCUAGAAGGUGAAAAACUUCUGACCAAAGUUUUGAAAAAUGGCGUAUGCCCAAAUUUGUUUACCUUUAACAUCUUUAUCCAAGGGCUUUGCAGAAAAGGCGCGCUUGAUGGGGCAAUUAAGUUGUUGGAUAGCGUGAGUAAGGAAGGGUUAGCUCCCGAUGUUGUUACGUUUAACACAUUAAUCUGUGGAUUAUGCAAGAACUCCAAGGUUGUAGAAGCUGAGAAUUAUCUGCGUAAAAUGGCAAAUAAAGGGUUAGAGCCCGAUGCCUUUACUUACAACACUAUAAUUGAUGGAUAUUGCAAAAUGGGUAAGAUACAAGAUGCGGAUAGAAUUCUGAAAGAUGCAAUUUUUAAGGGAUUUGUGCCUGAUGAGUUCACUUAUUGCUCCCUAAUUAAUGGUCUAUGCCAGGAUGGUGAUGUAGAGCGCGCCCUAGCUCUCUUUGACGAGGCAUCAGGUAAGGAAUUAAAGCCAAACCUUAUCCUUUAUAACACACUAAUUAAAGGGCUGUGUGGGCAAGGACUUGUUUUGAAAGCAUUGCAGGUGAUGAAUGACAUGUCGAGAAGUAACACUCCCGAUAUAUGGACUUACAAUUUAGUUAUAAAUGGUUUAUGCAAGAUGGGAUGUAUCUCUGAUGCUAAUAACCUAAUGAAUAGUGCUAUUGUCAAGGGGUAUGUUCCAGACAUUUUCACAUUCAAUACAUUGAUUGAUGGAUACUGUAAACAGUUAAAAAUAGAUAAUGCCCUCGAGGUUCUCGAUAGCAUGUGGAGCCAUGGAAUCACUCCUGACGUAAUUACAUAUAAUUCUGUACUUGACGGCCUGUGCAAGGCUGCAAAACCUGAAGAUGUUACAGAAACCUUCAAAAUGAUGCUGGAGAAAGGGUGUGUUCCUAACAUUAUCACGUAUAAUAUACUUUUAGAAAGCCUCUGUAAAGCUCAGAAGGUAAACGAGGCUGUAUACUUGCUGGAAGAAAUACGAAAUAAGGGAUUAUUACCAGACACUGUUAGUUUUGGCACAUUGAUAAGUGGUUUUUGCAACAAUGGGGAUUUGGAUGAAGCCCACAAGCUUUUCAGAAGAAUGGAACUACAAUAUAGGAUUUGUCACACAGUAGCUACCUACAAUAUCAUGAUUAAUGCCUUCUCCGAAAAACUAGACAUGGACAUGUCGGAAAAACUAUAUCGUGAGAUGGAAGACAAAGGUUUUUUCCCUGACAGUUAUACAUACCGUGUCAUGAUUGAUGGCUUCUGCAAAGUAGGAAAUGUUGAUUCCGGAUAUAAUUUUCUCCUGGAAGAAAUAGAGAAAGGGUUCAUUCCUUCACUGUCAACAUUUGGACGAGUAAUAAACUGUCUUUGUGUGCAGAAUAGAGUUUACGAAGCAGUGGGUAUUAUUCAUCUUAUGGUGCGUAAAGGUAUUGUCCCUGAGGCUGUGGAUAACAUCUUUGAUGCUGAUAAGAAGAUGGUUGCAGCACCAAAGAUUGUUGUGGAAGACUUGUUGAAGAAAGGUCAAAUAACAUAUUAUGCAUAUGAACUUCUUUAUGACGGCAUUAGAGAUAAAAAGUUACAAAAGAAGAAAGAUUCCAAGAAGGUUUUAGCAUGACUUAUAAAAGAGCACGCAGAUUACAUUCUUGAUGGACAAGAGGGGACUUUUAUACAUUAGUUAAAUGAAAAUUGAACAUGGACCCCGACUUAUAUGUUUCCAGAACGACGUACUUUGCAGCUCCAAUGGCCUAGACUAAUUUACUGCAGAAAACAAUGAUGAAUCUGGGGAUGAUUAAGCAGUCAACAUAAUUAUACGGAAUGCUUGCCAAGGUGAUAAUCAUGUUGCAGAAGAAGUGCUACUGGUUCAGACUCUAGCAGUUGCAAUUCUGUAAUACUAACAGGACAUUGGUUUAGACAGUUCCAUUGGCCCCGUGCAUGCUCUCCAGGUAUUGACAUGGGAAGUUUUAUGAAUCUAGUCAAGCCACGGGUAAGCUCAAUAAUGACAUGAACUGGCGAGCCAUUCAGAUUAUCGGAGGUAUUUACUUGACCGGCUCUUCGUGACCUAUAAUAUCCUGUGAAAUGACAGUAUAAUCUUGCUUUUAUCUAAAGGAAACAGGUUGAAUUUGCUAAAAGGUCUCCUGGUUUAGAAUCAGGGAAAAGUACAUCACUGGACAAUACUCCAGUCCUUCUUGCAUGUUUGCAGUUUAGUCUGCAGUUGAAGGUCCUAUGCCCUGUAAAUUCUGCUCCCCCAACACCAUGAGGCAAGAGCAAGCAAGAACAGCCAAACCCCCUGUCAGCACAAAAUCAAAGCUAGUUACAGUUGUAUACAUGGUUAUGUUAUUUGAUUGUUAAAAAGAUAAAAUGCAAUAAUGGAUUAUAUGAAGAUCAAACUUUUAAAUUUAAGAAGUUCAACACAUUUCA